AUGCAAACUGAGGACGACGUUUUUCAGGACCAAUCAUCCAACGUUGUCGAUUGUGACUUAUUGGAGGCCGCCAAAGAAAAUGUUCAACCUUUGGCCACUGGUCGUCGAGUGACUUCCUUGUCAACCAUUCUCGCAACCCCUCACGCUCAAAGAGAGACUAAGCUUGCUGAGACUCGUAAACGUCUACGAAUCAACGUCGAACUGGCUUUGGAAGAUGAGGAUGGUGAUCCUCUCGAGGCAUAUUGUCGGCUCGUUUAUUGGACGGUGGAGAACUACCCCCAGGGGCACAGCGCCGAGUCGGGCCUUCUAGAACUACUAGAGGAAUCGACUAGGGCCUUGAAGGAUUUUAGAAACGGUGUGUGGAGAGGUGACUUGAGAUAUCUCAAACUGUGGUUGCUCUAUGCAAGCUACGUGGAGAAGCCGACCAUGAUAUAUAAGUUUUUGAUUGCAAAUGAUAUUGGGACAAGCUUCGCUCUUUUGUAUGAAGAGCAUGCGGCAGUGCUCGAACGGGACGGGCGACGAAAGGAAGCUGACGAAGUGUACUCUCUGGGAAUCGCAAGGCGAGCUUCGCCCCUCGACCACCUUGAAAAUCGAUACCACGAUUUUCAAAAACGAAUGAUGUCCACCGUAUCCAGACAUAACCCUACGCCGGAGGCCAUUUCAACGUCACAGGCCCCUCGACCCGCUCUGGCUCAGACGUUGGCACCGGCCGCACCCGUCUUGGCUGCCUCUCUCCAACCGGUGUCCAAUAGCCGUCUUCAGAUCUUUGUGGAUCCCUCGGGCGCUGAGUCGCAGUUGGCGGAAGCAGCAGCGAACGAAUGGAACGCCCUUGAGUCACGUAAGAUAAGGGUUAAAGAGAACGUACCAGAGGUUAAGAAGUUCGGUGGGUCAACACUCAAACAGGCUGGACGUUCCAAGAGAAUAGCGUCGAGCUCUAGCGCAAGCUCAAGCUCAAAAAUCAUACCAUAUCGUGACACAGCAGACAUGCCACCUCCCCCUGUGCAUAGCUCAAGCUCAAGCAAGGACAAAAGUUCUAGUGCGAAGACACCUGACAAAGGGUUCGCCCCCUUCAUUGACACUCCAAAAGAGUCAGCGGCCAUGGUACCUUCAACACCCAAGUUCACCCCAUUUCGGGACGAGGCCGAGUCAACACCUCCAGCCAUUACCCCAAUCGGGGAUUCUGUCAUUAGGGUCAAAAAGGCGGGGUUGAAGGUUCCUACCCCUACUUCGGAGGCUGAGGCUUUGAGAAAGGAUCCUUUGAAGAAUUACCUUGUGAAUGAAGGAACUCAGGAGGAUGGAUCAUGA